AUGUGGAUGAUGAUGGGAGUCUACUCAAGUGUGGCACAGGACCCGCAGGAGGAUCAGUGUGUUGUCGCGAGUAUGAAACUUCUUGUGAUGGGUACUUUGGCAGGAAUACGAUCUCAGAUUUUCAAACCCGGGGUUGAAAAUAUUGGUACUCAAUACCAGUUGCUUCAAUAUUCAGGGCCCGGAAUCGGAGAUGCAGCACGCGAUGCAGGCCCAUGCAAAGGGGGUACUUGCUGUUCAGGGGUUGGAAGCACUUACCAGUGCGAUGAAUAUCCGUACGCCAGCACGUAUGAGGGUGGAGAUGGUGCGUGGGCUGCUUGUAUCCCACAAGCACAGAACAUCAACCAAGGAGGGACACUCAGUGCUUUUCUCUCCGGAAGACACGACGGGUUUCAGUUCUACGCAAUUGUCGCUGGAGCAACUUGCGACUCAGUUGCCAAGGACGCUCUUCUGAAACUGAAUCCUGAGUGUCCCAUGCAAGUGGCUCUUCCUUACAAAUAA